AUGGAUGAUCAUCGUGACAUUCAUAUGCCAGGUGCUUAUCCAAAUCUACAACAAACAUCACUAGAUUGGCAAUAUGUUACUGUACCACAGAAGAAUUCACACCAGGCAAUGAAAAAACAGCAAUCAUAUUGGCCGAGAGGUAAAGUACUAGGUGGAUCUUCCUCUAUCAAUGCCAUGAUCCAUAUACGAGGUAGUCCUAAGGACUAUGAUCGUUGGGAGAAGGUGUAUGGAGCAAAGGGAUGGAGUUGGAAUGAUGUCUUUCCAUAUUUUAAGAAAUCCGAAGAUUGGGGAGGUAGUGAUGGUGAUGAGGGUUAUCAUGGCAAUGGUGGACCUUUAAGAGUAGAGAAUGCUAAGUACAAAACACCUAGUGCUCACUGGUUCAUGUCAGCUGCUAAGGAAGCUGGAUUUAAAGUGACAGAUCCAAAUGGCAACACACAAAUGGGUGUAGGAUAUACUCAAGUGACACAUAAAAAUGGAGCUCGUUGGAGUACAGCUCAGGCAUAUUUACAUCCAGUUAGAUGGAGGGACAACUUGUUUCUUCUUUUACGUACUCAUGUUAUCAGCAAUAUAUCUCUUCAUUGUCCUGCUCUUGAUGCUCGGAAUUCAUUUCCAAAAGACUCUGAUGAUUUUUGGCGUUGGUAUACUCGUCAGAUUGCUGGUACAGCCUACCAUGCUUCAGGAACAUGUCGAAUGGGAGGUAAGGAAGAUAGGAAAGCUGUUGUUGACCCGUGGCUAAGAACUAUUUUGAAAGUAGGUUAUGCCAAUGAAUAUGAUUACAUCAUUGUGGGUGCUGGAUCAGCUGGAUGUGUCUUGGCAAACAGGCUCUCCCGAAAUCCCAAUCUCACUGUACUAUUAAUAGAAGCUGGUGGAAUGGAUGAUCAUCGUGACAUUCAUAUGCCAGAUUGGCAAUAUGUUACUGUACCACAGAAGAAUUCACACCAGGCAAUGAAAAAACAGCAAUCAUAUUGGCCGAGAGGUAAAGUACUAGGUGGAUCUUCCUCUAUCAAUGCCAUGAUCCAUAUACGAGGUAGUCCUAAGGACUAUGAUCGUGGGAGAAGGUUAGAAUUACAUGACAAAAAAGUUACAGGGGUGAUUGUAAGAGAUGAAGUAACUGGAAAACAAAGGAUCAUCAGAGCAAGAAGAGAAGUUAUAUUAUCAGCAGGUACUGUGGGUAGUACCCAUAUCCUUCUCCUAUCAGGAAUAGGUCCAGCUGAACAUCUGAAAGAAGCACAAAUUCCAGUUAUACAAGAUUUACCCGUAGGCAAGAAUUUACAAGACCAUUUGAUGUUACCUGUAAGCUAUUUAGCACACAAUAUUUUCUCUAUACAAUUGCCUGCACUACCUAUCAUCCAGUGGGGAACAUGUCGAAUGGGAGGAAAAGAAGACAAGGAAGCUGUAGUUGAUCCACAAUUAAGAGUGAGAGGUAUUGAGAACCUGCGUGUUGUUGAUGCCUCUGUAAUGCCUGAAAUUAUCUCAGGUAACACUAAUACACCUGUUAUUAUAAUAGCUGAGAAAGCUUCUGACUUAAUUAAAAAGAACAAUUAA